GAAGCUCUGGAACAAAAAUGAAAAUUGCUGGAGAAGCUCAGCAGGUCUGGCUACUUCUCCAUAGAGAAAGCGUAGUUAACAUUUUUAGUCCAGUUGCUCUGCUUCUUGGAUAGCAUUCUAAAAGUUCACGCCGUCUAUACAAUGUUUGAUUUUGCAGAGUUGUUCUCUUUCAGAUUAAAAGUCAAACUGAGGCUCUAUUUUGAGAGAAUGGCACUAUUUUGAAGCAAAAUAGGGGAGUUAUCCCUUUUAUGCUGGAUAAUAAUUAUCCUUGAAUCAACAUUCAUAAAUAGAUUCUCUGAUCACUAUUCCAUUGCUGUUUGAGAGACCCUGUCGAGUGUAUAUAUUGGCUGGCACAUUUCAGUCACAAUGCUUUAAUAAGUAAUUAAUUGGCUGUUGAGCACUGAGAGAUGGUUGUGAAAACUGCUAUAUAAGAUGCAGAUCUUUUUGAAAAGAAGGCCUGUUUGGAGAGACUGCUUUUCUGAGUGAAAUCAAAUUAAUUACUCAGUGCACUGCAGAGGUCUAGCAGUUUGCAAGUGAAAUGAGCCAACUGUGUAACAAACAAAUUGUGAGAAACAACUCCCGAACAAUCCAGUGGAAUCAAACAUUGUACUGGCAAUUCACGCACUGCAUUCAGUGUGCCAACCACCUGGGAUUUUAAUCCUCAUGUCUCAUUGUAUUUCAGUAAUAUUCUGUGGGCUUUAUUAUGUCCAAUUGGAAAGGUGAACAGGUCCUUUAUUGAAAAGCGCAUCCAAAAUAAAGCAUUCCCUUCGGUAUGACACUUAAGCACAUUCAAGUAUUGGAAUGGAUCUUCGAGAACCCUGAUUCAGUAGUGCUACAAAUUGGCCUAAGCUGAAAAAUGUAGGUCAGUGAUUGGAUAAUAAAUCAUGUUUAUUUAAUAAAUAAUUAAAUAAAGUUAAGUUCUACCCAAGCCAAGGAACAGAACAGCAUGUUCCUCAUACUCAUAAUAUAUUGUAAAUGACCUUUUAACAAAACAUAAUAAAAGCACUGAGGAUUAGAUUGGCAGAUGAAAGCCACUCAACUAUGACCCUUAUUCUGCAUUCCUUCUGAAAAGUAUCUAAUAAAUAUUUGAGCCACUGCUUGUUAAUAAUUAACUAUAUACUGCAUUUAUCUUACUCAUUGAGCACAUUUCCUCAGCUGAAUCAUUAAUUUAUUUACUUGCUUCAGGAUGGGAGUGAACCAAGACAUGCCCAGUCUUGCAUUCCUGUUGUUAAAUGAAUGUUCCAAUGAUCAUCUGAAGAACUUUUAACUGUUGAAGCUUCAGAAUCGUGUUAGCAUUUUACUGCUGCGAUUGAAACCCCUCAUGUUCAUUACAGUAUUAUAUGGAGAUAAUGAACAUGCCCUUUUCAAUAUAUUCUGUAAAAUUCCGGUUUUGCUGGACUGUAUCAAACAGAACUGCCACCGUGAGAUCAAAGCUGAGAUUGAUCUAGCAGAUGAGAGUGGACAAGUGAAGAAUUUAUUGCAAAACCAACAUUGCUACGCUUCUGACAUCCUGGCUGAACGAGCAGUUUAUAUUCUUCUUGGUGUGAACAAACCAAGCAGGGCAUCAACCCCUGUGUACAUACCACUACUGAACAAUGAUAAUAUAGUCAAUUCCAAAUUCCUAGCUAAACUUGGAGCUCGACUAGAUUCUCUAAGUCAACCCCAAGGAAAAGUAAAGAAGAUCCACAAAAAUUCUGCAUCACCAUCUCCCUCACGCUCAUCCACCACAGAUGGUAAACAGAACACUUCACCACAUGGAAAAUGUAAAAAUACCUCAACACCUUAAUCAGGAGAGCUCUGAGCGUGAAGCACACUCAUCGCAAUUACUGAAGUUGCAUUAAUUGCAUAUCAUGAUCAUUGAAACUAUUUUCUGGUCACAAACUUUCUGAAACUGUGGUUUUUCCAGUUUUUCUGCAAGACUAGGAAUGGAAAUUAAUAAGGCACAUCAACUUAUUUUUUUCUUUUCAUAACUCAUUUACUUGGAGCAGGAAUAAAGAUCAUUUAAAAUAAAAUUUUAA